GCUUGCGACAUGCCGCGAAGCGGUUCAGUCGCGCGCCAGCUUUCGUGCGGGUGGUAUCGUUUUCUAGUUUUCUCGGCGUUGUUCCCUGUGGUGUACCGUGGCAAGCAAGGAAAAAAAAGCCCGCGUAGGCGUGGUGAACAUUGACGCGUUGGCGCAUACACGAACCACGCGGACGAGCUAACGCGAAUAAGAAAACGCGUCCGAUAUCCGAGACGAUUGGGACGAUCGCGACAACGACGACGACGACGACGACGACGAGCGUGUACGCGUCGUCCUCGAAAAUUGGAAUAGAGUCGAGGGUCGCGUUUUGCUACUCUUGGCACCAGUGUCGCAUCUCUCUCGGCUGAUCGGCGCGCACGGGAGGAUCCCCGGCUUGCCUGGCUGUGCAAGAGAUCGCGUAUCCCGUAGUGAAGUUUCUGCGGCGCUGUUCCCGUUGUUUACCGAUCGCGGUGGAGACCAGCACACGAAAAAAGACGUUCGUAGAUCAACGGAGCCGGUGAUUUAUAACAAAGCUCGCGGAAAUAACCGUAUCGCGUAUCUGUGAUGUGCGAGUGAGCGAUGGAGUCACCAGUCAUGUACGAUUCAGCGGCCCAUCAGGCCCAGGCCCACGGCGCGGCCGAUCUCAAGAAGUCCCAGGUACUCAACAACAACAACAACCACCAGAGCAACAACAACAACAGCAACGCGCCGAACAACAACAACAACUCUGCCCUGCAGGUGAAUCAUAAUCACAAUCAGCAGCAGAACAGCACGGUGGUCAGCAAGGUCUCGGCGAGCAAGGCUAGCCUUCACCAGCAGUACGCGGAACACUGCGCCGCUGCCGGCGAGCUGACAGACUUGAACACGCCGGAGAUAUCGUUGGAUCUGCAACACCUGAUCGACGAUAGCCACUUCAACGACGGCCUGUUGGACAUGUUGGGCGCGAACAACGGAACCGUGAAGCAUGUCCGAACGCCCGGUUAUCCGCGCACCACGCUCGCCUACAUGCCGCAACCGGUGCACAGCGGGGCGAGCUACCACCAGGGCAGCAACAGCUGCAGCGACAGCAACAGCUCCAGCUCCGAAUCGCCGAGCAUCAAAGAGGAGCCCCUGGACCCGGCGGACUACCGCCGCCACUGCCCCCAGUACCCGCCAGGCGGGUACAGUCCGGUGACCAACGGGCCGUUCGCCAAUGGCGCGCCGACGUUCACCACCCUGACACCGUCCACGGUGCCCGGCGGUCAUCCGGGUGCGCCGGUCCACCAACAACCACCCAGAGGCGGCCCGAUGAAGCCGGUGAUGGCGCAUCAGCAUCACGCGAACAGCGCGGCCGCCGCUGCCAGGAAACAGACCAAGGCCAUCGACAAGGCGAGCGACGAGUACAGAAGGCGACGCGAGAGGAACAAUAUCGCCGUGAGGAAGAGCCGCGAGAAAGCGAAGGUACGAUCGCGGGAGACCGAGGAGAAGGUGAAGCUCCUGGUGAAGGACAACGACCUGCUCAAAAAGAGGAUCGAACUGUUGACCGAGGAGCUGAACGUUCUCAGGUCGCUGUUCAGCAGCGUCGGCGUCGUGCCCGAACAGCUGCAUCGCGAGAUCUCGAGGCACCUCGACCAGUUCCAGCAGCACGCGGUGGGACCCAUGUAGCCCGCAAAGUCGACCCCGAGCAGCGCAGUGGUAUCGCGCUGUUACCCCUUUCUCUCGUCCACGGGUGUCGACCUUCGUCUCUCGGCUCUCGGCCCGAUACGAUUGUGAGAGGAGCCGUCGCCGCCGCCGCCGCGCACCUUGAUCGUCGAUUUCCGAAUCCCGGAGUCCCUCGGGUCCUCUCGCUGCGUCUCCCAGGAACCGCGCGCGGAGGGCACGGCGCGCGGUUCGAGCCGCGAACGCCCGCUACUGCGUCUUUGACUAAUUCCACAAGUGGGGAAUAAAGAGGUGCACGUGCUUGGCUCGAGAGAGCCGCACACGCUGCCGGAGAACGGAAAAGACGCGGAGAGAAUGGAGAACGGAGUCGGACGCGCGGAUAAGUGCAGAGGAACAGAGACGGAGAGGACUAUACGAAGCGAAAGGAGGGAGAAGGCGUGACUCGAUCGAGGAAGAGGCCUCUUCGUCGUCGCUUCUCCCCGGGGAAAGAGCCGUUUUUUGGCAGCUUCUGGUCGACGACUUCGCGCGGAAGAAAAGUGCCUCCGCCCAUAGCGAACUUUUUUACACCGAGUGCACCGGACACUUCCCUGCCCCCACGUCCUCCCCCCCACCUGCCCCCCUCCCAACUUACCGGACCCCACGAUUUCCGUCUGUACAAAUAGGAACAAACGAAACGGAGAGCCAAGCACCGUCGCGAACGAGAUGCUUUUACCUGCGAAACGAGAAAUUUCGACUCCAACGAUCCUUUGUUCCCUCUAAUCUUACGACCCCUAUCUUGCGUUAUAUCUACCUUUACUGCGACUACUGUAAAGACUGGGUGGUUGGCGCACCACGUGUGUUUUCUCUCGCGUUGUCCGCCAGCUCAUUCGAUCGCGUAAUUCGCAACACGUUGCGACUACGAACAAAUCAUGCGUCGAUGUGUACAAGCGCAUCAAUCACACUUUCACAAACACAAACGGGCUCCCGUUCGCGUACGCACGGGCGCGCACACGCGCGUAAUAGAGACACGGUCGCGAAUAAGAUCGGACGCGCGCGCGCGCACCCGCGCGCGUGCGUGACGCGAAUGAGAGAGCGGUUCGCAUAAAUCUUCGAUUCUCAGCGGCGGUAUAUAUUUUCGAUGCAUCUUCCAUAAACGUUCGCGAGCACGCAAACAGAAACACGCGCGCGCGCGCGCAACGAUGACGCGGAUGGACGCGCGACGGUGCUCGCGUGCAACGCCGCGCUCCGCUCGGAUUUGUUCUUGAGAUGCCGGCCAAUUUAAUUAGAUUAUCGUGAACAAUAGGUAACGGAUUUGAGAUUGGGAUUACUGGAAGGGAUCGCGCGACGAGUACGUCGCGACGAUAUAAACAAGGCGGCCGACGUUUUGUGUAUAUAAUUGCGGGUCGUUCACCUGGGCCGGCGCCGAGCUCGAACAGCUGAGCACGACGCUGCGUACAAAAAAAAACUAACGUCGCGCGACCGUUCUCGUACACCGACCCAGGUGACACGAGCAAUACUCUAAAAAGCAGCGAUUCGAAUUUUAGACAGGCGUCGCCGACGAGACACACCGUUUCGCUGGUCCACGCGUAUUUUCGUAUUUUCUCGACAGGAUGCGGAACACGCGGCCAUCCGUACCGACACACCGAUGGUAGAAACAAACACAAAAAAAUGUUCACUCUUACACACACACGCCCUUGUAUUAUAGCUCUAUAUUAAUUUUAUUAUAUUCGAGAGAUGUAUGUACAUAAAAAAAGCUAAUAUAUUUUGUUAGAGAAAAGAAACGACAUGUUCGUGUUUGAUGAGUCAGAAUGAAUGAAUGCGAGUGCGAGCGAGUCGGUGAGCUGAGCGACAGAGGAACCGAAGAAAAUAUAUUUCUGAUUAGACAAGCGCGCAUGUGUCCAACAAAACAAUCGUUAUAGUUAUAAAUUUCAAUGCGGAAGCAUGCUAGAGAUUACGGCGAGAGAGAAAGAGAGAAUGCGAGAUGAGAGGAUGAUAGAGAGAUAAAUAGAUAGAUAGAACGAGCGAGCGAGCGAGCGAGAGAGAGAGAGAGAGAGAGAGAGAGAGAGAAAUUCUAUAUUUUGCCGACGUUACCUGGGAUUCGGUCCAACCGAGCCCCUCACACCUUAAGUUACCGUCAAAUCGCGUGAAGCGGGCUUCAUUUCAUUAAGUCUUAUUUUUUCGUCCUUCCUCGUUCGUAGAUUCGAUCGUGUGCGAGAGAACGAUAUUUGUUACUACCUUAUAUACGUACUUGUGCGACAAGUUUAAUAUUCUCUUCAUUAAUUCUUUGUUUCUUUUUUCUAAGAUGUUUGUCGGGUCUCUCGGUGAUGCACGACUCAAAAACGACGCGUGCGCGUGCACGCGUUUCUUGGCGUAUGACUGAUGUAUGUUAGGUACGAGAUUACCUGUCACGGUUGUCUUAUUGUCUAUGCACAAAUAUAUUUUGAUAUAAAAAAAAAAA